UCUCUCCUCACUGCAUCCCCCAACGGUCUCUUUGCCAUCUCUCCUCCUCUCUCUCUUGCCUUUCCGCAAUGCCUCCAUGUUCUUAGUUCUUUUCUGCACGACCGACAUCUUCAUGAAUCAGUAGGCUUUUGCUCACUGACACUGAAAGAGACUGAAUCCGCAGGACUCAUCAUGGGAGAAAGCCUGUCGGAGCUUUUCGAGCACCCAGAUGCGUCGCCGGAGGACCUCUUCAGUAUUCUGGAAGCAUUUGAGGAUGCCGUCAGCAGGGACAUGGCUCCGUUCGACGGCAGACAGCAGAGGAGCGGCCAUGAGGACGACGAAAAGGCCGGUAAAGCUUUGAAGAAGAGGAAGCUGUCGGAUGCUCCGGGCGCUCAAACGGAGCAGCCGAAGACGUCGCACAUCACGGUGGAGCGCAACCGGAGGAAGCAGAUGAACGAGCACUUGUCGGUGCUGCGCUCGUUGAUGCCUUGCUUCUAUGCGAAGAGAGGAGAUCAAGCAUCCAUCAUAGGAGGGGUCGUCGAGUACAUCAAGGAGCUGCAGCAAGUGUUGCAGUCGCUGGAGGCCAAGAAGCAAAGGAAAGCUUACGGUGAAGUGGUGCUGAGUCCAAGGCCGGUUUCCAGCCCUCGGCCUUCACCUUGGAGCCCCAGGCCUCCACCUCUAAGCCCUAGAAUGGCUCUACCCAUCAGUCCGAGGACUCCCCAGCCGGGAAGCCCUUACAUGCCGAGGAUGCAGCAGAACUACGCCCCCCCCACGGUUCCUCCCUCCCAUGAAUCCUCUCCUUCCUUCGGCAGCAGCGCGUCUGAGCUAACCGCCAAUUCCAACUCCGCGGUGGCCGAGGUGGAGGUCAAGUUCUCAGGUCCCAAUGUCAUCCUCAAGACCGUGUCGCAUCGCAUCCCUGGGCAGGUUCUCAAGAUCGUUGCAGCUCUCGAGGGGCUCGCCCUCGAGAUACUCCAUGUUAGCAUCAGCACCAUGGAUGACACCAUGCUCAACUCAUUCACCAUCAAGAUCGGAAUUGAAUGCGAGCUCAGUGCUGAAGAACUUGCACAUGAAAUCCAGCAAACAUUCUCGUAAAGCUGCUUCAAGA